CUUUGCACUAUGCAAAACAAUGUGAGUUUUUGUAUUUUUCCAAAAGUGGCAAGGAUAUUUGCAGUCUGGAAAUAUAAUCUGAAGUAACUACUUCUGUGUGUAUGUGUGUGUGUGUGUGUAAAAGCCUGCCAAUAGCCAAGCCCUGUCUUCUGUCAAAAGGAUUGCGCAAAUCCUGUAGUCAAGUUUAACACUGUUUUUUAAUUACCGUGCCAGCUAUUGUACACGUGAGAUCCUUUAUGAGUAUAUUAUGGUGUCAAAACAGAACAGGGAAGAAUACAGGAACCAUCACCUUAUUAGGUGUUGUUAUAGAGUGUGCUGUACCUGGUUUACGUUUCAGAGAUAACCUGGCACACGUCAUGUCAAAAUGGAGCAGUAGGCUCCCAAAUACACCACAGAGAAACUUCCCUGAUUAUAUCCUGCCCCCGAUUUUAAGAAAACUAUAUUUAUAUUCACAAACAGUUCCCAUAGAGAUAUUUGAAAGUCUUUGCUGUGAUGUGAAAUGACACAGUCAUAAGCAGUUAUAAUAGGAAAUGUCUCACAUUUCCAAUGCUAUGUGGAAGUGGGACAUUAAGACAGUAAUACAUGAAAACUUAACAUGGUCAGCCAAGCCAGUCAUCAGUCCCUUCCUUCAGUCCCUGUCCAGCCACCACCCCUUACUCACAUAAUGUUUUAAGAGGGCUUCUUUCUCCUGCCUGGAAGCUGUCCCAUGAGGCUUGAUUUCCCCUGCAUGCUCAUGGCCUACUACUCCGCUCACACCCUCCCUCCCUCUUCCUAUCCUGUCAUCUGUUUCAGUUACAUGAAUAAGAGGUGCCUGUGACACAUGCAGGGCAAAGCAUUCAGCCCCAGUCCCUCACUGUGUGUGUGUGUGUUGUGGGGGGGUGUUGUAAGUGGGAAGUGGAAAUUUACAGUCCCGAAUCAGUAUCUGGAGAGUUGGUCCGCGACUGCGAGGCUGUGCCCAAUCUCCACAUAGGAUUUAAUUGUCUUUAGCUGAGGGCGGGACUCGCUGUCAGCUUCACUUCUUGUGAGCAGUGUUGGCAUAAAGACAUUCAGUACAGAGGAAUGGUGACAGCUGAGAGAGAAGCAUACUACAUAUAUCCACAGCCAUGAAGGAAAUCAUGGCACAGAAAGAGAAACUCCAAUGUCUGAAGGAUUUCCACAAGGACACGCUGAAGCCUUCGCCAGGGAAGAGCCCGGGCACGCGGCCGGAGGACGAGGCAGAGGGCAAGCCCAUCCAGAGGGAGAAGUGGGCCAGCAAGCUAGACUUUAUCUUGUCCGUGGCCGGAGGCUUUGUUGGUUUAGGGAACGUGUGGCGCUUCCCGUACCUCUGCUAUAAGAAUGGUGGAGGUGCGUUUCUCAUCCCCUACACCAUCUUCCUGUUUGGUGGAGGCCUGCCGGUGUUCUUUCUGGAGGUGGCUCUGGGCCAGUAUACCUCUGAGGGAGGCAUCACCUGCUGGGAAAAACUCUGCCCCAUCUUCACUGGUAUUGGCUAUGCCUCUAUCGUGAUCGUCUCUCUCCUGAACAUCUACUACAUAGUGAUUCUAGCCUGGGGACUCUACUACCUAUUCCAGUGCUUUCAACCGGAGCUGCCCUGGGCCAAAUGCAAUCAGCCGUGGAACACAGACCGGUGUGUGGAGGACACAGUCCGCAAGAACAAGACCUUGAUGCUGGCUGCCAAUAUCACCAACUUCACCUCCCCCGUCACUGAGUUCUGGGAACGCAAUGUGCUGAGCAUCUCCUCUGGAAUUGAUGACAUCGGGCCACUGAAGUGGGACCUAGCCCUGUGUCUCCUGGCAGUGUGGAUUGUCUGCUUCUUCUGCAUUUGGAAGGGAGUCAAGUCCACUGGGAAGGUGGUGUAUAUCACAGCAACUUUCCCUUUCGUCAUGCUUAUUGUGCUGCUGGUGCGUGGAGUGACUCUGCCAGGGGCGUCUGAAGGGAUCAAAUUCUAUCUCUACCCCAACCUGACCCGCCUACAGGACCCAGAGGUGUGGAUCGACGCAGGAACCCAGAUAUUCUUCUCCUACGCCAUCUGUCUGGGGGCUAUGACGUCACUAGGGAGCUACAACAAGUACAAAUACAACUGCUACAGGGACUGUUUGCUGCUGGGAGGCCUGAACAGCGGUACCAGUUUUGUGUCUGGCUUCGCAAUAUUUUCCGUCCUGGGCUUCAUGGCACAAGAGCAAGGGGUGGACAUUGCCGAUGUGGCAGAGUCAGGUCCUGGCCUGGCCUUCAUUGCCUACCCGAAGGCUGUGUCCAUGAUGCCCUAUCCCACGUUCUGGGCCAUCCUAUUCUUCAUCAUGCUUCUGCUACUGGGCCUCGACAGUCAGUUUGUGGAGGUGGAAGGACAGAUCACCUCCCUGGUCGAUCUGUAUCCAGCCGCCCUAAGGACGGGUUACCGCCGCGAGAUCUUUAUAGCUGUAAUGUGCUGCAUAAGCUAUCUUUUGGGACUUACCAUGGUAACGAAGGGUGGCAUGUAUGUGUUUCAACUCUUUGACUACUAUGCAGCCAGUGGUGUGUGCCUUUUGUGGGUUGCAUUCUUUGAAUGUAUUGCAGUAGCCUGGGUAUAUGGCGCUGAUAAUUUCUAUGAUGCAAUUGAAGACAUGAUUGGCUACCGACCAAACCCGUGGAUGAAAUGGAGCUGGACCUUUAUCACUCCCGUCCUCUGUGCGGGUUGUUUUAUCUUCUCAUUGGUGAAGUACAAGCCACUGACCUAUAACAAGGUGUAUGAGUACCCAGACUGGUCCAUCGGCCUGGGCUGGUCUCUGGCCCUCGCCUCCAUGAUCUGCAUCCCCAUGGUAAUGGUCAUCAAGAUCCUCCAGUCUGAUGGCCCGCUCAUCGAGAGGAUUAAGGCAGUGGCGGCCCCAGUAAAGGGAGGUGCGAGUUCUCGCCCCAAAGAGUACAGCAUGAAGGGCAGCGAGCUGACCCAGCCUCUGGACCCCAAUGGGAACAACGGCCUGAUCAAUCCCACCCACACCAUUGUAGAAACAAUGAUGUGAGCACUCUCUGUGAGAGGACAUGCUGAUUGACGUGCUUUCUAUGUUUUUAUCAUAUAUUUGCUAACUUUGAUAGUGGUAGAACCAGGUUUACAUUGUUCUAUAUAUCCGCACUAGGAAUAUUCUGGUUUGGUUUCUAUGACGAUGAUGAUGAUGAUGAUGAUGAUGAUGAUGAUGAUGAUGAUGAUAGCUACAUUAUAUAUAUUGUCAUUGAGUUGUUGUAGUUUUUUCUCUCUGUAUUUUUUUUUAUGUUGUUGUUACCGUUGUUGUCACUGUUGUUGUUGUUGCUGUAGUGGGUGGUGAUCUCAGUUCAGGCAAUAUUUUGAGAUAGAACAUGUUGUUCUAUGUUAAUUAACUUUCUGUUGAUUGUUGAGAAUUGAGAAGGUAUUUGUUUGGAAAUACUAGAAAAAAAGUAAUUUUCACUUAUCACAAAUAGAGUAAACUAAACGUGUAACAUGUUAGGUAGCAAACUAUUAAGAUAAUUUCCUCACAUUAUUGUGGCAGUAUCCUUGUCUGAGGCCAUUUUUUAUCUGUUGUCGUUGUUGUUUGUUUUGAGAUUCAACUGAAAAUGUUUUAGUUGCGUUAGUGGACGCCAGCCAGUCACAUCUGCUAGUAGAGUAGACAUCCACACCACCUGAAUGUAUAGUGACAACAUGCAGUGUAAAUAUAGAAGUUCAUACGUCCUUAAGGUUAACUAUGGCCAUGCCCAAAUACUGUACAAAAUGUUCCCGGAAGGAUCACAUGUCCUUAGGAGGGAGGCAGGAAAGGAGGUGGGGAAAAUAAGGAGGAAGUGAAGGAUAAAAGGGAAGAAGCAUUUGAAGAGUAUUUGUACAUUGCCUAAAGUCUGCCCCAGUGCAUUUAUUGAAACCUCUCUUUGCACUUUAUACGUUGAGUUUCACCUUCACCUUCUCUUAUGAUAAUGGUCCAAUGGCUGCUGAGGAGAGGACGGCUCAUAAUAAUGGUUGGAAUGGAAUGGUAUCAACCAAAUGGAAACCAUGCUGUUAAUAUAUUUGAUACCAUUCCAUUGAUUCGGUUCCAGCCAUUACUAUGAGCCUGUCAUCCCCAAUUAAGGUGCCACCAACCUCCCCUGUAAUGGUUGCAAGAACCUACAGUUACAUUUGCACCAUGCAUUUCAAAAGGAAAGUAUAUAGCUUCAAACCUUUUUGGUAUUGUUCAUUUUGUUAUCUAUCGGUACAAACAGGAGCAUUAGACUCUCACUCACUUGCUAUAAAUAUAUCAAAUAAAGGUGGAACAUUUCCAUCAAACAUUCUGUUUCUUUAGGAAUAAACCUUGUGAGAACCAUAUAUUGAUUGGAGUAAAAAAUGUAACCUUAACAAAAUGUUUUUUCUAAAAAUGUGAAAUAAUUGUUUUUUUUCUCCAGUGCACUCAUUUUAAUAGCAGAGAUGGUCACUAAAUAUCUGUAUCAUAUGAAUCUACCACCAGACUCUGGAUCUUAUCAUGUUCAUUUUAGGCAAUUCUAUUUUAGUAUUUUACUUGUUUGUAUUUUAGUAUUUUUAUUGUUUGUGAAUCACAUAUGCCUUUUUGUAUUAACCAUUUUAUACUGUACAUCAUAUGAACAUUGUCACUGAUGAGGACUGAUGUUUUCUGAAUACAGUCAGCAAUUUGUAUUUUAAUGUUAAAUGUUAUGAGCCUGAAUGAAUAUUUGCAGCGUGUAAUAUUCGUCAAAGAAAUGGCCUUUACCACUCAAAUUAUUUGAUUUCAAUUUGAAAACAGAUGUAAAAAUACAAAAAUUGACAUGUGACCAACAUAAAAAAUAUGAAUGUUUAAAGUUCAAGUGAGAUUAUUUUACCCAAUGCAUGUACAUGAACAUCCACAGUACAGUGCUUGGUCAGAAAGACUAGUCCAGAGGGCGAUAAAUAAACCCUUUUGGGAAAAAAAGUGUACCAAAGUAUUUUUGUCUAACGUCUGUCCUUCUUUAAGAUGCUCAUUGCAUCAUCUCUUCCUAGAUUGAAAAUAAACUUAUUUUUCUUUA